AUUGAGGAUCUGCACGCUACAGCCUGCGAGAGCGGUAAAACAUCGUACGACGACCCAGAAACAGGUUAUAUGGUCUUCACGCAACUCGCGCUGGCUAAGCGCGGGUACUGCUGCGCCAACCGCUGCCGCCACUGCCCCUGGGGCCACAUGCGGGUG